UCUCUCGACUCUGGAACCUUCCGCCCCGGCGACGAAGCGAACGCGACUUCCCCAUUAUUAUUUUUCUCCUCCUUCGACUUCGAUUUUUCGAACUCCCCCGAACACGACGCCGACGAGAAGGAGUCGAGGAGGCUUCGAAUCCGCCGCCGCCGCCACCGCCGCCGCCGCCACCGCCGCCGCCGACGAGAUGUCCUCCCCGGCAGAGUACUACAACUCACUUCCACCAAUAAGCAAGGCAUAUGGAACAUUGUGUUUCUUUGCCACUGUACUGUGCCAGCUCCAGAUACUGAAUCCACCUUUUCUUGCCUUAUACUAUCCCUUUGUGUUCAAGAAAUUUCAGAUAUGGAGGCUAUUUACAAGCUUCUUUUUCCUGGGCAAGUUUUCUAUCAACUUUGGGAUUCGCCUUCUGAUGAUAGCAAGAUACGGCGUGCAGUUAGAAAAGGGUGCAUUUGAAAAGCGCACAGCUGAUUUCUUGUGGAUGAUGAUAUUUGGUGCCAUAUCACUGCUGGCAUUGUCAGCUAUUCCCUUCCUGGAUAUUUAUUUCUUGGGAGUACCCAUGGUCAGCAUGCUUCUUUAUGUCUGGAGCAGAGAAUAUCCGAAUUCUCAGAUCAGCAUGUAUGGCCUUGUCCAACUGAGGUCCUUUUAUCUACCAUGGGCAAUGCUUGGGUUGGAUGUGAUAUUUGGCUCAGAGAUACUCCCUGGCCUUCUGGGAAUUCUCGUUGGACACACGUACUACUUCCUCUCAGUGUUGCACCCGCUAGCCACCGGAAAGAACUACCUGAAGACACCAAUGUGGGUACAUAAGAUUGUUGCUCGAUUCAGAAUAGGUGUGCAGGCGAACGCUCCGGUCCGACCCGCGGCCGCCAACACCGGAUCAGGCGCCUUCAGAGGAAGGAGCUACAGACUCAGUCAAUAGAUCUAACCUAGAGGACACCCUGUGCUGCAAGCCUGCAACGCCUAUCUGGGAGAUGCAAUGUAGAAUGAAGCAAGGUACAUCAAUGGGUCAACCUGGACGCUACUAGACAUAGACUGUUCAGCAGCUUCAGGAAUUUGGGUUUGCCCAUCUAACAGGAAUGCUGAAUCUGAAAUGCUCUAUGGGUACAAACGAUGUGAAACAUUUGCAUUGUACGCAUGAAAUGUUUGUAGGCGAGAAAUGUAUACUCCCUUUUGUUUUCGGAUACUUCUGGCCAUGAUUUUUUUUCCUACAGUGGAUGAUGCUUAGCACGUUACUGAUUUCAAGAUACGAUGCACUAAAAUGACUCUAGGAAUUCUAUGCAUCUGUGUCUGGUUUGCAGUGUUUAAAAUC